AUGGCUGUUGCAGGCUCGACAGAUUUCAAUGGAACAGAAGACGUUGCCAAAUUAAUGGGUAAGAGGAAAAGCUGUUUGAAAAACAUUCCAUAUUUCCUAUCACAUUUCAAAAGAGAAUGAUAAUUUUGCUUAUCUAUUCUGUAGUGGUGAGAAAGUUGAAUAUGACCCGCAUCCCCCGCCUGAAGAUUAGGGUAUUUCCGAAUUGCAAUGAAAAAAUCUUAGUUAAACAGUUGUUGUUAUGCCAUGGAAUAUUUUAAACAAAAAGGUUUUUACGAGAUAUUAAUGCUGUUCAUCAUUUUGAGGGAUAUGUAUUUUUUGUUAUCUUUGUACCACAAGGGGAACUAUUUGACGACAACAACAGCGCCUGUGAAACACCAGCAUUAGAGCUUGGUUUCUUAGUGGCAGAAAGCUACAACGAGCCACCGAAAGAAAAUGAAAGAACCUUCAGGAAAGCACUUAAAUUUGUUAAAGAGACUGCUCAAAAGAUCAAGAUUUCAGACUCAGGGACGCACGUUGGGCUCGUUGUAUACGGUAAAAAGCCUUAUAUGGCUUUUGACUUCAACGAAUACUUUGACACGCCAAGUUUAUCUCGAGCAAUUGAAGAAGUCAAAACACCAGCCCAAGGAAGCAGGGUCGGAGACGCGCUUACGUUUACAAAAGAACAACUGUAUGACAAAAGUGCCCGACCAGGGAUCCCCAAGGCAUUGAUUGUGUUGUCGUCUAAGAAAUCAGAAGACAGGAUAGAACAUGGUGUUAAUACUCUUAAAAAGACUGGAGUGAAAAUCUACACGGUGGGUAUCGGAACGGAGGGCGAUUCUAUGGAAACGAGUGACAUGGCUUCAGAUGUACCGGAUACGUUUUAUGCAGACCCCUAUCAGCUGAAAACCUUGGUGACAAAACUGGUAGCCAAGCUAUGCGAAGGUUAGAAAGUACGUUAUAUUUGCGGCUUUAUUAAAGUAAGAACUAUAAUAUCUCAACGGAUUGCAGAUUAAAUUCUUGUCUACUUUACGCAUGCACUUAUUCAGCACUUGGUCAUUAAUCAUUGAAGGGGAGAGUUCAAAUAAGUAUGAAAUAUGUAGUACAUAAGAACAAAAUCUGACUUUCAAUUAUUCCAAAAUUACAAAUCCCUUACAAAUGUCCUGUAUUUCUAUCGUUAACAGAUUCCAAGGGAGAGAGUAUUCCUGAAGGUGAGCUAACCCAUAGCUUUAAUUCAGAUUCAAGAGACAUAUAUGACCUUGCUCCAUACCAGAAUCCUGCAAAUUACAACAGUUUUAGCGUACACGAGCAUAUUUAAAGAGUGGAUUUCACUCAAGAAAACACGGUUGCGAAAUUUAAGGAAGCUUGACUGCAAGCUCUAUUUUGUUCUCUGCUUACGUAUCUAAAGUUUUCCUAAUCAUUCUGUUUGAUCUUGUAGCCCCUGCAGAGCUUAAAGUGACGUCAGACGAGUCAGACUCUGCAAGUAAGUACACCUGAAAAAGACCUGCAACAACAACACUGACGAUACAACAAAAAAACAAACAAAAUCAAAAACAAAAUUGUUGUGUAUAAAUUCACAUUUAGCAAAUCCCCUAAUCAUUGUUGUUCAUGUACAGGUAAAGCUACGUAAAUCUACCUCGGAUAGAUGUGCACGCAAUUUUACGACUGAAACCAUGGAUGCUAAAACAGGCGAUAAAUUUCCCCUCUCCUUCCGAACCUUCCGUAGAAAUCCAGCCGAAUAUUUUGGCAUUUGGCGUCGCCGUGACCUUCUUACCACAACCAGAGUUAUAUCUUCACCAUCUAUUUAACAAUUAUUCCACGAGGGCGCGUUGGAUAUGAGAUGACAGAUAGCGAACGAGGCGCGUAGCGCCGAGUUAGCUAUAAUCAUCUCAUAUCCAACAAGCGCGAGUGGAAUAAUUGUUUUAUUAAAAACGCCCACAAAAUAUUAGAACAAACCGGAAAAGACAAGGGACUUCCGCUAUUCACAUGUCACGCGUCUAUCGAAACUGUCAACGCGCGAACGGACUCGCCUAGACUAGCCUGAAAUUCAUCCGAUUGCUUCGAGUCGUUUUCUCCUCUCAACAACGUCUGAAUCGACGGGCCGUUAAUACCGUCCAGUGACGUCACUCACUACCCGAAAACCGGGUAGUGAUUUUGAUUGGUUGAUUGUCUAAACAUUCGCAUAAUUAUGUAUAAUUAUGAAAAAUUUUAGCGCGAUUGUCGCUUGAUAUUCAGCAGAUCGCAUCCCCGGCAUUCUUUCGUUUAGUUCAAACAUUUCGAUAAGCUUAAUCUUUAUCUUAACCAGCAAAAUUGCCCUUGUCUUCGAAACUGAAGUGCUAAAUUGAACUGCGAAUGAAGAAUCAUUGCGGAGAGUGGGUAGGUUUUUCAUUUAGAGCCGCUUUGUGGUUUCGGCGGCCGGUGAUUUUGUUUACGCGAAGUUUUCUGAGAUCAAUGUUAUAAUUCGACCUUCUUACUAUUUUUACCGUCAAGUGUAAUGAUUCUGUUAGCUUUUCUUUCUUGUCUCCUUGUUUUUUUUCUUCGUUAAUUAAAGCAAAUCAUUGUGUUUUUGAACUAAGUGUUCCGUGUGUGUGUUUAUUUCAUUUGCGUGAUUGCGACCGAGUUUGAUAUUUAUAGAAUUUAGUACAACCGGUUCAGAGUUGUACUGCAUGCAGUUGAUAGUUUGAACGUUAAACAUGAAUUACAAUCGAAAAAAAUAAAGCAGUCCUGUAUCAUGCAGACAUUUCCAAACGAUAUUUCUCGGUUUGCCACUUGAAAAUCGUGUUUUACUUUUUGCAUGAAUUAAAGCAAAGGUCAAGGACUAGUGACGUCACUGGACGGCAUUAACGGCCGGUCGAUUCAGACGUUACUGAGGGAGUAAUAACGACUCGAAGUAAUCGGAUGAAAUUCAGGCUACGCCUAGACUGCAUGAAUGAAAAAUCAAAACAUUGUAGCGAUGAACAUUAGUUUUCUAAAAACUCAUCGGGAUUCUAGGAUUUUACACAGCAGAACAGCUAAAAAAAGCUGGCAGAUAAUGUGAAGGAAAAGAAUUUUUAAGUGACAGCCGUCGAAAUUACUGUGAAUUUGGAUUUUCGGUGCAGUUAUAAAAGAAAGAACAACGGAGAAAAACUAUUACCUCGGUCGCUUGUAUGAAGUUGUUUGAAGCCACAAGCUGGUUUUGCUGAACGAGAAAAGAAGCUAUACUGCCGCCUCGAUUGCUCUAGUGAAUGGCUGCAUAGCCUGUAUUUGUAGCUGGUUACUUGUGAUUUAUAUUCUUGAUGUGGGAUAAACAAGCCGCAGUUAUCUAUCGGCGAGUGACUCGAUCGGCGAAUGGUUUCGCGAUCAUGAAGAAACAACACUUGUCUUCUUUCGUAGCUGGUCAAGGUACUUUUUGUUCCAUGUGUUUUCAUGUGUUUUUCGACAAACUUUCAAACAAGCUCUUGUGGCUUUUUUGUUUGUUUUUGUCUUUUUUCUUUCGACGAAAUUGCAUUUCCAGUAUUCUAAGAAAUGAAUUAACACGAUUUGCUUCGGGCGCCGUUCUAUCCUUCGCGAAAAAAAAAUCUCAGCUAGCUUCCAAUUUUAAACUGACGCGUACACAGACCAUAUAUGGAGAGCAUGGUAUUUUAGCUCAUAUACCAUAACGGCUAAGCCAAUCAAAAUGCUAGAAUUGCAUUAUCCAAUGAUUCAGUUUUUAAUAAACUGCAAUAUUGGACGUUACGUUGAGUUGUUCUUGUUUCCGUUUGUUGUUUGUCUCAUUUGGCUAUGAAUGGUGGCCUUACGUUUACCACGUAAUAAUUUGUAACCACAGGAGGCUGCAAUCUGUACCGGUCAUCGGCAAGUUUUUGCCAAAAGGCGUCCAAAAUUCUAACGAAUCAGCGAUCCACCACUUAAUAGAAGUUUUCCUGGUUCUAAUAUUGCAUUGAUAUUUUUCGGUUCGUGGCAUCUACCUGCCAUGAGCUACAACUUGAAGUAUUGGUCGCUAAUUUACAUCAGCUGACUUUUUAAAUGUCUCUGAUUAGAGGUUACGUUGAAAUUAAUUUAUCUCCAUACUUGAUUCAUUUUCAGUGAAUCCGGAAGAAGAACCAAGCCCUUCAAAAAACAUUGUUUCAGUAAAUGGUGAGAUGUUCAUAUCCCUGGCAUGAUAUAGCCUACUUUUGGGUUCCUACAUGUAUAUUAGGCAGUUGAUAAGAUUCUGUUAGAAGAAUAUAACAAGAAGAAGAACUUAUAAAUACUAAUUUCAAACAAACACUCUUCCCAUAGAUAUUACCAAAUCGGAAAAUUGCGUUUAUAGUACACCCCUCAGUUUUCAUCUUUUCUUUGAGUUUCUCCAUAUCAGUAAAAAUAUUUCUGAGGUCAGCCACCUUUAAGUGCCCGAUCAGGCUGAUCUAUUAUUCUCUGGAUCAUCAGUCAGAGAUGGUAUUUUAUUCUUGUUGUUUUAUUAUGUUUUGUUUGUUUAUUAUUUAGUGUUAGGAGGGGAUUGUGUUCUUUAUAAUAAAAAGAUUUCUCUAGUAGUACUGAAAACAGUAUAACCAAAUAACAAAAAAAAGAAAUGGAGAAGACUAGAAAUUACUAUUAUGAGAAUUUCAAGAAUAUUGUAAUCCUGAUAUCAGUUUGCAUCGCAUCCACUUAUUUCAGGCUACAUCUUUGCACUAAAACUGAAUCUGGAACUGAAAUUGAAAUAAUUGUGAGGAAAUUUACGGUGACCAGUGCUCCUAUUUAACGAUCAUCCUGUAUUUAUAACGUGAUCGACUCUGAGCACAUGUUGAUUGAAGGUUUUAUGAUUUAGUGUUGCGUUUCAGAUUGUUGUUCAGAUACUUAUGGACAUCAGCAUGAAGUUGUAGGGACUCUUCAUGUGGGAUGAUCCUCAUCACGAUUUAACCUCAUUCAGACCUGAGGGUAGGGGGGCUUGAUUCCCACUCCAUCUUUAAAAUUGAACGACUUCGAAACCGUUUAAGCUAUGCAUAUGUGACCGCCAUGCAACUCCUGAAAUUUACCUGAAGAUAUUUUAAAGUAUUUGUGACCCCUACGUCAACAUUGACGACAUCAUGGUAAGCACCAUUUUUUAACAGCCAUGUUUAGCAAAAUUAAGCACGUAAAUUCGGUCUUUUGCAAUAAUUUAAUCAAGGGAAAGACAUAAUUUUACUAAACGAGUGCAGCUAAAAGCCACUUUAUCUUUUAUCCCAUAGGGGUGGAGUCACCAAGUCAAACAUCACAACCGGGAAACGAAGGUGAGUCUCUUCUAAUGGCUUUUUAAUCGGCAAACGUAGAGCUAAAAACAGUUAAAAGAUUGUAAUUGUCUUCUUCGCCUGUGUAAAGGUUAGAAACCGUAAGCUAAGGGAUUCCAACAAAGUCUAUUGCCUCGCAGGUCCACGACCCAACAAGGUGGAUCUGGUGUUUCUCAUUCAAAGUUCCGGGAAGAUGGGUUUUGGGGACUGGAAGAAAACAAUUUCCUUUAUGAAAUACGUGACGCACGCAUUUGACGUAUCAAGUUCUGAAUCGAGAGUUGGAUUGAUUGUGGAAGGAAACACGUUUCACGUCGUUUUGGAUUUCAAAAGAAUUGCCAAAAAGACGCUUUUUCUGGCUUUGGCAGGAUUAAUACCCAUUCCAUUUGGUGAUCUUAAAAUCGGCAAAGGCUUGAAAGAUGUCGAAGAUCUUGUUAUAAACCCAAGUGGAAGAGAUAACAUCCCAGAUGUAGUGAUCGUUUUAACAGACGGCAAGUCUGUUGAUGACGUCAAGAAACCAUCAAAAUCACUACAAGAUAGCGGUGCCGAAAUAUAUGCUAUUGGUCUGGGAGACAACAUUUCACUUGGUCAAUUAGAGGAAAUUGCAAGUUUCCCUAGUACCAAAUAUGUAUAUCAUGGGAAUUAUAAGGAUGUUGUACAAAUUGCGAGUCAAGUAGUUGCCCAAAUUUAUGACCACCAUUUUUGUGGAGGUCUAAGCUCUCUGUUGAGAAAAUUGCUGCAUAAAGAAGAAACAAGAAAGAGAACAUCUGCGGUUCAAAAAAUGGUGAAAAACAAAGCAAAUUUUAAGAAAACGUGAACUCAGUUGCUUCCUGCUUAUUGUUGUUGUUGAUACUUUUUUUUCGCUUGUUUUCCCCUUUCAGUUCUUAUGAUUGUUUCCUUUUAAAUCACCAAUAAAUGAAUAAAUGAAGUGCUUUAUUUAUCCUUCCCCUUCACACCAGAGCUUAUUAAACCCUAAUAAAUAUAACUAAGAAAACAGUAUAUUUAUGUUAGACAUACGACGACUCAAGUUGAGGCUUGUUUUUAUAAACAUCAAAUAAAAGAGAGUGUUAAGCUUAAAGACAGUACGUCUGCCUUGAACUAACAAUGCGCAAUGUGUAUGGAAUUAUCUUGAGAACAGUUUUCAGUCCUUCACAGAAAGAAAAUCUCACUUAAUAUUACAUCGGCCUUUAAUUUGAAAUUUUUUUUCUGGCUAUGCCCAAUAAAUGCGUAGUUAGGGUACAAAAAUCUCAAACUUAAUGAAGAGCUUUGAUUUUCCAUAAGCGAACAAAUCAAAGAGCAAAUGAAAGGAUACCGUAUUUAUUCGAUUAACCGCCCUGGGCGCUUAUUAAAUUUUUGGACCUUGAUAGUGGGCGCUUAUUCGAGGUGGGCGCUUAUUCGAGGCUGGGCGCUUAUUAAAUUUUCGCCAUUCUCAGCAAGUGUAGUUUGUUUAUUUUGCUACAAAAUAAUAAAUGGUAAUAACAAAAAGCGAAGAAGUAACAAAGCAAGGUUACAGCCCAAUCUGUAAAAUACUCUGAAGAAAACUCCGUCUUCGGGAGGGUCUCUUAUUAUGUCUUAUUUGAGUUUGUGUGGGAGGGAGUGGGGUGGGGUGGGCGCUUAUUCGAGGCUCGGCGCUUAUUAACUUUUUCUGCCUUUGGGAUGGGCGCUUAUUCGAGGUGGGCGCUAAUUCGAGGUUGGGCGCUUAUUCGAAUAAAUACGGUAUGUCAAGGUUUUAGAAAAAAAAUCCUUUAUCCUGUUCCUCUCCAAAAAAUAUACCACUACAACAAACACUAUUGUUUGUGGCUUGCUUUGUUUGCUGGGAAUGAUGUUUUACAAUGAAUCUACAAGCUCGAUUGAAAAUCUUGGGGGGAGGGAGGUAAACUUUGGUUGUAUAGCCGCUUUAAUAAUCGUUUCAAUUUAAUAUAAAUUACAGACAAAUGAAGGUUAAGGGCAAAAAUCCCCAACUAAACCACUGUAGAAAUUCAAAGUUUAACGUAACUCGGACAAGGGUGGGAGAAGUGGGUAAAAAAAAGGAGAUGAUUCACUGCUUCUGCUGCGGUUUUUUCGAGUCCGUCCAAAACCACGAGGGGUGGAUAGGUAGAUCGCGUAAAGGGUUCACAGAAAGUUCAAUAUGUUGCACCCCCUAUUGAAAUGCCGUAGCCACCAUAAUAGUUCGGUUUAAAAAUUUGCCGAGGGACAGCAUAAUACGUUUAUUGUCUGAAAAACAAUUUCUUUCUUUCUUUAGCUUCCUAGUGACUUAGAUAUUCAUAACGUUGAUUUAUUAUUGUUGCUUUUUUUCUUCAAUAAAUGAAAUUUGUUUAUUUCAAGACGUGAAUCUUCUGUGACAGUCAUCCACUGAAUACGAACAAAAUGUAUACAACAUAUAUUUAUUUACAGCCUUCCCGUCAACCAAGCAUUCAAAAGGUAAUGAGCAGGAAGGAGAGGUUGAACAUGAUGUCUCAAAUGAGAACGACAGUUUUGAAGACGCGGUGACGCACGGGGGUCACAUGGACAAGUCGGGUGAUAUGUUAUCUGGAACAAAGGAUAUGGCUCAUACGUCAGUGCAAGCGGAUGGCGGAGUGACAGCUACAGCCAAUGAUUAUGAGACAUCCCCUGACAAUCAAAAGGCAGAUGGGCAGAAUUCAUUACUGAAAACGGACACGACAGAAAAUAUGACAACGGCCACUCCGAGAAGUAAUGUAUUUCUCAUGUCGCAAAGAUUUAUUUGUUCCCGCAAUCAUCAUCAUCAUCAUCACCAUCAUCAUCAUCAUCAUCGUCAUUAUAUAUAAACCUGUAUUAAGCAGACACCGUAUUAAGCGGACAACCUCUAUUAAGCGGACAGUAGCCCAAGUCCCAAAAUUUAUUUCCCUUAUUUACUUUAAAUGAAACCUUUAUUAAGCGGACACCUCUAUUAAGCGGACGCGGACACCUAAAAAGUACCUGAAAUGGUCAUUCCUAUUGUUGCCAACCUGUAUUAAACGGACACUAGUAACCAAAUGCCACCAACCAACAUGCCAGACACCGGAAAUGCUAAAGAUUGCCUCGAAUUGCCACCCACAAAUAUUUUUAUUUUUACAUUAAAAAACGUGACUUGACGAACUUAUUUGAUUAGUUUCCCAGUACAGUAUUGUUUUCUAUUUCGUUUUGUUUGUGUAGAGCUUUUUUCACUAAUCUGAUUUCUUCAAAUUUGAGUUGCAAUAUAUGUUUAAGGUACUAUGAUCAAUUGGUCCACUUUGAUAAAGAAACUCAUACAAACGUAUAUCGUCAUAGUCUCUGGGAGUCUUCUAAACGUUUCCACUAUUCAUUUGAAUGGCAUUGGACACCUCUAUUGAAACCUGUAUUAGGCGGACACCCUGUAUUAAACGGACACUACAGCUUUCCCCGAGGGUGUCCGCUUAAUACAGGUUUCACUGUAUACUAGAAAUACGUGGGGAUGGGGGGGGAGGCCCAUAAAAUGUCAGGAAUGGUAGGGGGAGAGAAUUAGAGUAAAUUGUUAAGCUUAGGAGGGUGGGUUUCAACACUGGCUCUAGUACUGGAAGGUGAGAUGUACUUAAUCUCCUUUUGGUUGGAGUAAAUUUGAACCCAUUGCUCUGUCGUUAAAAAGGAUUUUCUCAAAUUUUCUCAUUUUCUCAGUUUUCUCAUUUCUUCAGUUGCUGUUGUCUGUUUCUCCUCUGGGUUGUACCGUUCCAUAAAAAUUAAAAAUUCGUUAUAACAAGUCAAAAUUAACAGCGUCAUGGAUUAACUUUAGCUAUCUUGGAUCAGACUAUCGAUACUGUUACUCAUCGGCAAAGCAGUGUAGAUUUUGAUAAGGAUAAAAGAUACAGAUGAACGUAUUGGUAAAACCCUUGCACUUUUUGUUACUUUCAGAUAGCACUCCGACGAUUUCUCACAAACAUUUGCUAAAGCUGAAGGAUCUUGCUAAUAAAGGUAAGUCCCAGUUGGAUAGUUAUUUUUGAUACAUGACUGAAGGGUUUUACCAUGAAAGGGGAACGUCAUCGUUGGCGCAUAAACUUCGGAUAGGUGUGUAUGUAACCCUAUUAAGGAUGAAACAAACGAAAGCUGAUUUAAGGGAUUAUCAAACUCGAGGAAAAUUGUGCGAAUAUAGAGGUAGAGUCAUUAUCGCUUAUCCCAACAAUCAUAGAAAGAUUUCGGUCGGCAGCCUGGAAAGCAUUCGACGUCAUAUGAACAAAAUAAAAACAAAUUCCUCACUAAUCCCUCUCUACUGAAAUAGAAGUAUAAAUAGAAAGCCACAAACUGUACAGACCUCUCCGACUUUAAGGGUACUUCAUUCUAAAUAAUCAGUAUUAAACGUGGAUGCGUUUCUGAGAGUAACAAUUAAUUCUUGAUUACUUAUUUACGUUCAUUAACAAUAACUGCUAAAUAUAGAUAAACAUAUAUUUUUGUUUCUCUACCAUGCUAUAGUUUGUUCUGCUAAAGCGGAUAUUGGGAUACUUAUUGAUGGCUCCUCAAAGGUUACACAAGAGAACUUUUUCAAGUUGUUGUCCUUCACGAAAAACCUGGUGCGGUCUUUUUCAAUCUCUAGAGAUCAUGCACACAUUGCCGUGGCAACCGCAUCCAAAGGGCCUCACAUGAGUUUUGAUUUCCAAGGCUUCCAUGAUGAAUCAAGCAUAACAACAGCUAUAUCGCGCAUAACAUAUCAAGGUGGCCCGUUUCUCUUAGGUAAGGAUGUUUUGUCUGACGACACAUCUUGAAUGAUAGAACAUUACAUUGUACACAAAGUACGUGCCUAGCAUUCCUGUGAUCCUACUCGCUCUGAACCAUGUGCUCUUGUAAUGGCGGUUCACCAAUGAACUGAUGUUGUUGUGUUCGAUCCUUGUCGUAUUCCAUACCUAAACAAAUCAGCAAGUUUACAGUCUUACAAAACUUAGUAACACGUGUUCCUUAAGUUCAUAAGGCAGAUUAUCGCAGUAAAUCAUACUCUUGACUACUACUAAAUUGACUUAGUUUGAUGCAUGGAUGGAUGAUUAUAACUGAUUUUGGUUACUGAUGAUUGAGGUACUCUAAAUACCCACGGAAUUAACUUUUUAUUAACUACAGUCGAAUUUCUCCAUAACGGGCACCUUGGGGACAGAAGAAAGUGGCCGUUGUGGAGAGCAGGCCGUUAUAGGGAGGUAGGGGUGUAAUAUGUGACCCUCCACAGGAAUUUGAUGCUAAAGGUGAAAGCACGCUCACGACACGCUUGCACGACACGCUUAGCGUUCCGUAGAUCACGAAUAUGCGCAUAUUAAAUUGAAAAAUUGUAGCGUGCCAUAUGUCACGGUAAGCGUGCGAAUUAUAGCAUGCUUAGCGUGCAAUUUGGGUAAGACACGCUGAACACGCUUGAUUAUUAAAACUGCUAAGAUGAUAAAAAUGGCUUGGGUUUUCAGCGGAUUUAAUCAGCAUUGAUAACUGGUCGAAGUGAAUCAAAUAUACCAAUUGAGACUGUUUUGGAAUUUGAUCGUAACCGUAGCCAUUUGAAAAUCACCACUUAAUGGUCGUCUAGCCUGGAAUUAACGCGAGAUCAGUGUAAACCAAUUCCUCCAGCUGUCGGCUGUUGACCGGAUUCGCAAAGAGGCCUGCUAUCGCAUGUGAGGCACUGAAGUUAUGUCGCCUGAAAAUUAUAGUUAUGCCACCGGAAUAUUUAUUAGCAGUAAUGUACAGAGAAAUGAAGUUGAAUAAAUUAGUUUAAUAUAUUUCUUUAAGCCAUUCUGAGACGAACGAAGGUAAAUCGGAGAAACAAAAACUGCCUAGAAUUUUCUACAGCUUGAGGAAGGCUAAACAUUUCUAGAUGACCGUUCCAUGCUUGUACAAUUUUCGAAGCUUAUCUAAUAAGUUCCUUACGAUUUUCUGAAGUUUAGUUUUUUUCCAGUUUACUCCCCAGGUUAAGCUAUUUUUCGUAGAGAAAGGAAUCCUAAAAUUUUCGGAACCGAAAAUACGAUAAAAUUCUCACUUUCCUAAAACUUUUAAUUGGAAGCUAAAUUUUUCGGAUAAUUAAUGCCGAAGCCCUUGUAAUUUCGAAAAGACUGAAUUUGUCCUAGGAUGCUAGGAUGCAUUUAAGAGGAAAUCGUCGUUGGGUGCCCCUGACGAGCGAAGCGCUAUAAAUCAUAAUUUAUGUGAAGAUAUCUCGUUACGCUAUGCUAAGACGAAUCAAGCGCUGUAAACGUGUACUAUAUCUCGUUCUUCACAGGACGAAAAAAACAAAAAUCUGUAAACUAAAAACAGUGUAGAAAACUAGACUACGUUGCGAGAAACACAGAGGCAAACGUGUUUCCUUUAGCGGGUACAUCAUGGUAAGCCCGUUUUUCCAUGUUUCCGUCGCUGCGUUCAUAACAGACGAAAUAAUAACGAUAAUUCAGUAGUACUAUAAAAUAUAUUUCGUUUUUUCCGAACUUUGAUGAGACGAAACAAGCGCGAUAAGUCUCAGGUAAUACCAUGCUAGGACAUGUUGGAUGUUGAGCAUGGUGAAAUUUCAGGCCUCAUGAGUGAGGAUUGCGGCGACGUAAAUCUUGCGCCACAAGUUUGAUUCGCCCUCAUUUAUGGAACAAUGGGAUAAUGUUCGUACAAAAAUAAACACUAAGUGUAGAGGGAAGAGAAGAACCGUCGUAAAAAGGCUUCAAAGGCAAAUUUAAGUUAAAUUAAGAAUUUUCUGAGAUAAGGUCAUUUUUUUUUUCCGUGAAGUUAAGAUUGUAUAAUACUUAGCGUACGUAUCUUUCUCUUUCAUGGCGUUUUUUUUUCUUUUCUGAUAUGCCAUGUAAUAGGAAAGUGACAUGGUAAUUUUUAACUCUAAGGUUAGCAUUUUGUAGACUAUUUCUUUAGAAAUUAGUUUCUAUGUAAAAAUUUGGUUGUAAAUAUAAAAGCGACGGUUUUUUUUACGUCUUAUCUUAAAUUCCGCUUUGUUUUAAUUUAGUCCUCAAGGCACUACCAAGUUUCAGGAGGGUGACAAAUCUACUCGUGCAUCAACGUAAAACAGGCAUUUAAAAGACGCAGUAAACUUGCGCGACAUACUAAAAAAUUAUUUUCGCGCCGCUUAUGCCGUAAUACUUCUGAUGACGACGCUAAUGAUGGUUGUAAAACAAACGGCAAUCACAAGAAAGACAACAGGAUGAUUACGGAAUUUGGACAAUAAGACUGAAGUAAACGCGAUGUAAUAUUUCAAGAAGAACAGAUUUGCAUACAUUGUUUAAACGCUGGUUUCGCCUUUUGUGUUAUUGCCGGCUGGAUCAAUUAAGCAACAUUGCAACCGUAUUGGAAUUUUGGUACAUCUAGAAAAGUAGGCUGGUUUUCAUUUGAUCACUACGAUCCUUGCAAUCGCUAAAAAAUAAAUACAAUUUAACGAUCCUGGCACUUGAUGAUUUCUGUUUGAUCGCUGCGAUCGGCGAGAAAGUGACUAAAGUCCGAAAGAUCACUGUUUCUGAGAAAAUUGCAAAUGUGUUUUAAAUUAAGGAAUGUGUUUUAAUUUAAGGGUGUACAACGUGCUUACUGUAUCCCAUAGUGGUAAUCAAUCAUAUAUAAUGUAUAGAGAUAAAAUACCCCGAAAACUUGAAUAAUGUUUUGAAUCAAAAUGUUACCAUGAAAAGAGGAGCAAGGUUCGCAACAUUCGCCAUUAGUAUCAUAGACAAUUUUUGCUUAUUGCAGCAUUAUAAAAAUACAAUUGGCGUGAUUUAUAUUCAACGCGCCAUAGGGAUCACAUUUUAUGACCAUUCUCUACGUUUUCAAAAGUCAGCUGAAAAAAACUGUCAGUUGUAGAGAGGUUUAGACAAGAUUCAAUGCAGGGAUUGUCCGCCGGGACUAAAAAGAGUGGCCGUUGUAGAGAGCUGGCCGUUGAGGAAAGGUGGCCGUUCGUGGAGGUUCGACUGUAACUUUUUAUGGUUUUUCACCCUAUCUUGUUCCCACCAUUAACAUAGCCAUAGCUUUAACCUCCAGUAUAAAACACGUACACAACCCACAAUCCUCUGAUACACUCUGAUGAAGGGUUAACCCUUAAUACGUCAGCAUCUCUAUCAACCUACAAUAGCCGAUGUACUGACUUUUCAAUUCAGUUGAUAAAUCCAAAUCUUUAUGUGUUACAGGAUCUAGUUUAACUGGCUUGAAAACAAGCUGGUUCAAGAACAGUGGUCGAAAAAGUUUUCCUCAGUUACUUCUUGUCCUUGCUACUACUCAGUCGAUUGAUGAAAUCAAAGCACCAGCACGUGUUCUGCGAGAUAGAGGAGUGCGCAUCGAGACCGUGGGAAUUGGAACACUGUUUGACGGAGUGCAGCUCAAAGAAAUAGCUACUCAUCCUGCUCAAGAUCACGUGAUGGCCGUCUCAAAGUAUGAGUUACUUCCAAUGAUAAGGCCAUUGCUCACAGUUAGGAUGUGCAGAGGUGAGGGACAGUACUUCGAAUAUCACUAUUUUGUUGAUUAUAUCCUGGUGCCGUUUACACUGAAGGCAAAUUUCAACCUCAGCACACGUGUAGUAGUUUCCUCGGUCGUAAGACAUACGUCUCUUUCCUUAUAUUAAUCAUGGCAUUUUCCCUAGUACUUUACCACACAUUGGCACUGCUUUUAAUUAACUGAUAUAUUUUUUUUCGAUAUUUUACUAGCUGUUGGAGGAAAACUUAUUUCACGACCAGUUUCAGGUAGGAACAGUAAGUUUUUGUGAAGUCAUCAUGGAGUUGGAUUUGUUCUCUAUUUUAUUCUUCAAUUCUUAAUAUUUUUUCUUGACUAUACUGUAAAUAAGAACAUGUAUUAUCGGCUGUUGCCACUGAUUAGUUAAAAUUAACUCAAAUUGAUAUCAUUAGGAAACAUUUAAGAAUAGUAUAAACUUUUAAGAAUAGUAUAACUAACUUGUACAAAGAUGAAUUAGCAAAUGUCUUUAACCCCGAUAAACCAUGUUCAUGGGGUCUUGCACGUAACUGUGGGUGCCACUGGCUACAAUAGUUUAAUAAGCGUUUUUUGAGAUUUUUACUGAUUUAACUGGGAGGUACCCUGCAUGGGACUCCACGUCCCGUUUGCACCUAACCUUUUGGUCUUUUUUUUUUUCGUUACUGUAACUAUUUAUUUAGAGAGACCCAGACCAAUAAAGUUGAUUAAAAAAAAGCAAACAAACAAACAAACAAAACAAACAAAUAAAACAAAUUUUCGUCCGUCGGAUGCAGGAAUGUAUGAUAUGUUCCACAGACUAACUCUUUUUACAUGAUUUAAAUUUUAUACGUUUUAGAGAUUCGUAGCAAAGACCAACCACUGAUGCCGACACCUGCCACUUUAACAAAUCAAGCCACUGCCAAUGACGAAAUGAAUAAUUCUCAACAGCCUCCAUCUGAAAUACAUAUGGAACAAGAUCCAGAAGUGACUCAAGACGAAACCACAGACCAAGUCAAACACAAGAGUGAACAAUACAAGUUAAAAGCGAACCUAAAGCAACAAAUGGAUCAGUUGAACCAGAUUCACGAAAAGCACAGAGGAGAAAACGGUUUAAGUGACCAGAGAGACGUUGAGAAAGAAAAACUAAAGGAGGUAAAUAAAAUCACAAUUAAUUCAAAAAGUAUUCACUCAUUAAUAAACUAUUUUUCGUUAAAAAUGCCCAGCAGUUAGGAAAAUGAAAACGUUGAUUGGUGAAGGAAAGAUCUGCGAUGCAGGGGUUAAUUUUCAGAGGGACUGGAAAAGCAAAUUUUAUGAGGUAUGAUUUUAUUGCGAUUUUUAUCCUUUGAGGACAGAAGCAAAGCAAAAUUACAAGCCUGUGUCAGGUAAAAAUAAAAAUGCUUUAAUGCCAAUAGUGACCUGAGCACACUGAAAAAAUUACCAGGAAUUAUUAAUGGCCAACCUGCCAGAAAUAUACUUCCAAGUAAACGAUAGUAACGCUUUGAAGUCUAUAGCCUGCGUCGCAGACGUAAUUCUAAUAGCCAUGGUUAGUGAUUAACCAAAGUUUAGCUUCGUCUGUGGUGAAGGCUAUGAAAUCUACAAUGCUCAAUCAAGUGUGGCAUGUUUAAAGAAUCGAAUUUUGUAACAGGCUUACUGUUUAGUCCCAAGGUUCUUCAAAGGGCAAAUUUACAUUAUUAAUUAUUUAUUUACCUCAUUUGCUCUGUUUUUACUUAUUUCAGGACAUUAGGCGAAAACUUUAUGCGUUAUUACAUCGACUUGGUGGGACGAAGAAAGAUAUUAAAGCUGCUUACAGGUCAAUAAUCUACAAUAUCAAUGGACAUCAUGCUGGUAAGAAUGUAUACAGUACUUUGAAUGUUAGUUUAAACUAGUUUUUGAACAUCUUAUACAAAAACGCGUUUCAUCGAUUACCUGCAACACAACAGAAUGGAAUCAUGACGGUGACUUUGCUUACCUCGUGAAAUAAUUUACAAAAUACAUUAGUUUCUCCUACUAGCAAUAACCAAAGGUUACGGAGUAUGGGCGACAACAAUCGAAGGUCAAAACGCUUUUGCCCCAACGCUGUGCUUUGCGUAAGUUUCAUGUGAGAGAUGGUCAAAACACGCGUGUUCAGAUUACGAGUGAUAGAAGGUCCAACCGCGCGUGAUCAAAUUGCGGUCUGUGUAUUCCAUUCAUUCUUAGUGGAAGUCCAAACGAAUGCUGGCUAAAUACAUGCGACGCAUGCAUAAUAACAACCUAGAGAUUAGGAUUGCGGGCUCUGUUCUUGUCGCCCGCAAAAAAUGUCUCUUCCCCAACUUUUUUUUUUUCUUCGGGUUAAGAAGGUGCUGCUUUAAUCUGCAGAGAGAAUGGACACGCAAUUCAGGACUUUGAAUACCAAACCAAUGAUAUUUCCAACAAAAGGAAUUUACAAAUGGGUUCGUCAUAAGCCUCUCGUACCCAUUAUCCCUGUAUUCUAUGAAGCGGCGAAACACAGUUUGUUUCAGUGUUGUUUUGAAAGUAAAACUGGCCACUCUGAAGAUGUUAACUCUGGACACUACUUUAUUAGCAAUACCGCACCUUAGAAUAAGAUUUUAAUUAAAUGAGUCAUUGAUAUUAAUCUGUUUUCUUUAGGCAACAAUUGUAUAGACAAGCAUAAUUUGUGUAAACAGUGGGCAAAAGAUAACCUUUGUGAGAGGGGAAAUGAGACAAUGGACUCACAGUCAGUACAAAAAGUGUGUCCAAAGUCAUGCAGCGUAUGCUUCAAGUGA